GGUGCCGUACGCUGUAUCGCGUGGCCAUGCACUGAGCAGACCGCUUGAAAGCAUUCAAUUCGGUUGCUCUUUAUUCCUGAGGUGCUGAAAAGCUGCCUGGUAUAUUUGGGCACGCUAUAGCUACCCCUCCCCCGCCGCUCGGUACCACACAAUCACACUCAGCCGUGGAAAGAGAGGAGAAUGAUGGGGUGAAACGAGAAUGGGAGGGGUGCUAGAUGUGAGGUAGGGAUGGGUGGGAGUCAGUGAGAGAGAGCAAGGGAGAGAGAGAGGGAGCGAGCGCGCGCGAGAGAUAUGCAGCACCAGUGGAAGGGAAACACACCCGUCAGCGGCGCGCAGAGAGAGAGAGAGGAAAAAAAGACUUCACGGACAAAGGAAAUAUGGACGCGACUGAGAGGUAUCCAUGUACACUAAAGUCGGAACGGAUAUCUUUCACGUAUUGCACAUAAAUGGGAAACCUCUCGGUUUACUUUGAUGCUGUGGUCGGAGGUAAUUUUCUGCAAAUUAAAGAAGACGGGAAGCUGUAUUUAAUCCGUCUGCGGAUCCGAUGAUCUUGCAAUGGCUUUUGCCGGUAAAUGUAACUGCAUAGAAAUUAAUGUGCCUCUUUCUUUUUUGGUACUGCUAUUAUUUUGUGGCCUUGCUUUUGGAGAGAUACAAUUUUCAGUUGUAGAGGAACUGGAAAAUGGGGCAGUUGUACGUGACAUCGCACAGGAUUUGGGUUUGGAUAUCCGAAAGCUCUCCACCCGAAAGAUUAAGGUAACCUCUAACAACGGUAAGAGGUAUCUCGAUAUUAAUAAGAGCGGAAGAUUAUUUGUCAAUGACAGAAUCGACAGAGAGGCAUUGUGUGAUUCAAGCAGUUCUUGUCGUUUGAAUUUCGAAGUGCUUCUUGAAAAUCCGUCUGAGGAACACAAUGUCGAGGUGGACAUACUGGACGCAAAUGACAAUGCGCCGCAAUUCCCGAGGGACGAAUACCAGUUAGAAAUUACAGAAUCGGCGUUGCCGGGAUCUCGUUUCCCCAUCGAGCACGCCCAAGACCCUGAUGUGGGUUCAAACUCGGUUCGACAGUAUCGCCUCAGCCCAAACGAGCACUUUGCUCUCGAUUCCAACAAGCCAUCCCUGAACAGCAAGCACAUCGAGCUCGUGCUCAAAAAGCCGCUGGAUCGCGAGCAAACGCCUUACCACGAGUUAAUAUUGACAGCCUCAGAUGGUGGCUCUCCGGCCUUGACAGGUACCGCCAAAAUUAACGUCCGUGUUCUGGAUUCGAAUGACAACGUGCCUGUGUUUGACAGUUCCGUGUAUAAAGUCAAGCUGCUGGAGAACUCGCCUAAGGACACAUUAGUGAUCAAGCUCAAUGCCACGGACCUCGACGAGGGCACAAAUGGCGAGGUGUUCUUCUCAUUUAGUAGCUACACCCCCGAGAGGGUCAGACAGAUGUUCUCCAUGGACACCAACACAGGAGAGAUCCGUGUCAAGAGCAACGUGGACUAUGAGGACACCACCUCCUAUGAGAUGUACAUCCAAGCCAUGGACAAAGGGCCUGCUGCUGUUGCAGCCCACUGCAAAGUGGUGGUGGAGGUGGUGGACGUGAACGACAAUGUCCCCGAGAUCGUCCUCUCGUCGCUGUCCAGCCCUGUGCGCGAAGAUGCCCGUGCCGACACCGUGGUGGCGCUGAUCAGUGUGACGGACCGUGACUCGGGCCCCAACAAGCAAGUGAGCCUGGAGAUCCAGCCUGGUCUGCCAUUCAAGAUCAAGUCCUUUCGCAACUACUACACCCUGGUGACCUCCGCCUUCUUGGACCGCGAGACGACGGCGGCGUACAACGUGACCCUGAGCGCGACGGAUGGAGGCACGCCACCCCUCUCCUCGCAGAAGACCAUACAGGUGGACGUGGCCGACGUCAACGACAACCCCCCCAGAUUCGAGCAGACCUCCUACACUGUCUACGUGCCUGAGAACAACGCCCCGGGUGCCUCCCUCUGCACCGUCAAGGCCAUGGACUCGGACGUCAACGAAAAUGCCCGCAUCACCUACACCGUCCUUAACGACAACAACCACGGCAUUCCCGUCACCUCCUACGUCUCCAUCAAGCCGGACACGGGUGUGGCCUACGCCCUGCGCUCCUUCGAUUACGAGUCACUGCGCGAGUUCCACUUUCAGAUCAAGGCGCAGGACGGAGGCAUCCCGCCACUGAGCCGCGUGGCCACCGUAUACAUCUACGUGAUGGACCAGAAUGACCACACGCCGGAGAUCAUCAACCCACCGGCCAAUGGCACGCGCUCCACCGAGACGGUGCCGAAGAACGCCGACCCGGGCGCCCUGGUGACCAAGGUGGUGGCGUACGAUGCUGACGCCGGCCCCAACGCCUGGCUCAUCUAUGUUCUGGAGCAGGCGUCUGACCUGGACUUGUUCAAGGUGCACGAGCAUACGGGCGAGGUGCGGACCACGCGCCGCGUCCUGGAGGACAACUCCACCUCAUUCAGCCUGACUGUUCUGGUGCGCGACCACGGCCUGCCGCCGCGCUCCUCCACCGCCACCAUCAAUGUGGCCAUCCUGGAGGCGCCGCCCAAGGUCAUGCCUGACCCCAAGCGCAUUGUCCGGCCGCACGGCCCGCUGGGCUUCUCCAACAUCACGCUCUACCUGAUCGUGGCCCUCAGCGCCACCACCUUCGUGUUCCUGGUCACCGUGGUGGUGCUGGCCAUCGUCCGCUGCCACGCCUACUGCUCUCAGCCUGGCUCCUGCUCCCCCUGCUGUGUCUCGCAGAAGGCGCCCAAGGACGGCGGCUCGGCGACCAUCGGAGCGGCCGCCAGUGCGGGAGGCCCCGGACAGCCCAACAACAACGUGGUGCUCCGCCGCGACCUCAAGGUGGAGCCGCACUACAUCGAGGUGCGCGGCAACGGCUCGCUGACCAAGACCUACUGCUACAAGACCUGCCUGACCGCCACGUCCGGCAGUGACACCUUCAUGUUCUACAACACGGGCCGGCCCAUCAGUGGCACCUGGGGAUCGGAGCGGUUCUUCACUGGCGGCAGCGGCUUUGUGAGGAGACUGAGCGUACCUGAUGCUGCCCUACAGUCUAAGGGACCAAAUGCUGACUGGCGAUAUUCUGCGUCUUUGAGGGCUGGAGUGGCAAGCUCGGUUCAAAUGGAGGAGGCUUCAGUGAUCCAGGGAGCCCAGGGGAUGCUGGUGCAGAACUGGCCAACAGUCUCCAGUGCUGCAGAUGGGGAUGGAGGCGAGGUGUCUCCCCCUGUUGGUGCCGGGAUCGACAGUAACAGCUGGCACUUCCGCUAUGGCUCUGGCCCCGGCUACAUCCCUCCUCAGGCCCUGAAGCCGGGAGAGCUGCCCCCGGAGGCCUUCAUCAUCCCCGGCUCCCCCGCCAUCAUCUCCAUCCGCCAGGACGCGGGCACCGGCGAUGACAAGGGCGACUUCAUUACAUUCGGCAAGAAGGAGGAGUCCAAGAAGAAGAAAAAGAAGAAGAAGGAGAAGAAGGACAAGAAAGACAAAGGGAAGGAUGACGGAGAAGAGUAGAUGAGAGCAAAAUGGGGCAACGCCAAAAAAACGACAUGAAAAAAAUAAUAAAAAAUACAAGACACCAACUUGAGUCCUAAAAAGAGACAGAGAGUCAACCAAAUAUGUAUUUAAACUUUUACAGAGAGGAGAGCUCGCCAAGAGGAAGGCCUCCCAAAGGGAUGACGAUUCGCUCUUCAAGUCUGAUGAGAAAAGACACUCUCUCUGUACCCCUUCCUUUUCAAUAAACCAACAUGAACCGAUCCACAGACAGCCUAAAAUUAGUCCCAUAAGAAGUUGCUACUUGCUUAUCUGAAUACAGAGCUGAAUUUGCUUGAUGCAAUUCUGAUCAGAUUGUCCAAUGGAGAUGACUGAAUUUCAUGUACCAAGCCAUUCUGAUUGUCGGUGCCCAUUCGAGCCUGUGUUAUAUUCAAGAAACCAGAUUUCGUUGUUUGAAAAACAAUGCAGAAACAGUGAUGAGGUGACGUGCUACAAAUUUGCUCUCGCCAUAAAUAUGAACCCUCCUUUCUUAGCACAGCACAUGUUGCCAUCACUGUCUUACUCUACUCUAACCAUUUUCCUGUCCAAUAAUUGAAGGGGAUGUAGACUGAUACAUCUCAAAGAGACUGAAGGAUAUCCACACAGACAUACAAUUGAUGAAUCCAUGUGGAAUCACCACUUUUCUGUCCUAUAAUAUAAUAAUGGUACAGAAAUAAGAACACGUUGCCAGACUGGACACACUGGUGUGUGUGUACUAUUCAAAAAGAACUGUGAAAUUGUAGCACCUAGUUGGGGUUCCAGUGAAUUUUAGGGGGGAACUGGUCUGGUCUGGUCUGUUCUGUUCUCAGAGAUGGUGCCACAGGCCGGCCUCUGCCCCGGGCCGCUAUGUAUGGAGUACAGCCACAGCUCUGUCCAUAGGGAGAACACAGCAAGACAGUAUGGGGUUUCUGAGUAUACUGUAGGCUGCAAGAAGGCCCACCUGUAAUUGAACCCCCACAUGCAUAUGAGAAUAACAUGCGCAAACAAAUGCAUACACAUAAACACAUAUGCACGUAUACACACACACACACACACACACAAACACACAGUCAGAUGUAAUUGAAGAUCAAAACCUAAUAUGAACAUGCACUAGACCUCGAAAAGACCUGUACACACACAGGCAUUUCCACAGUCACACACACACACACACACACACACACACACACACACACACACACAUAUUGGAGUAUCAGGGUUGAGGAACACACAUUCACACCAACACACCUCAAACUCCUGAUACUGUACAACUGUACACCCGCCACAGUGCAGAGGCACAAAGGCCUCUUCCGCAAGUCUGUAAUAUAUGGCAGGAAUGUCGCUUGUCGCUUCCUCUCCUCCCCGUGCCGCUCCGCUCCACCCAAACCCCCACCCUCCCGUUCUGAAUGUUCGAUAGUUGUUCUUAAGGCUCCGUCCCUUCACCCUGCCGCCUGUCGUUUGCCUUCUUCAGCGCUUGUAAGAUAUCGCUCGCUGUCAGCCUCUCCUCUUUCCUCUCUCUCUCUCUCUCUCUCUCUAUCUCUCUAUCUCUCUCUCUGGUUCUUUCCUCUGAUAGACACAUUCAGGGAACCUCUCAAAGAAUCACCUCGCCGUGCCGGUGCUCCUCUGGUCUUCUCUUGAGACAAUGAAAGAGGCAAAAACAUCAACAACAACAAUAACAAAGCAAAACAACAAAAAAAAAGAUUACAAACAAAGAAGUAAUCAAUCCUAGCAUGUCUAGUAUAGUGAUGACUAUGAUGUGGGUGCACAGUCGGUCACCCACUCACAGGAACCCUCAGCACUGUUAUGGGAAAGUCUCAAAGAUAUCCUCCUUUGAGCUCCUCGAAUCUCUAUCAGGGGACAAAAGCACACUCCCUCCAAGCCACACCGGGCCCUUCUUACCAUGCCCAGCCAAAGCACUGUAACUCCCCUGGGAUCAAUAUGCUAUGCAUAGACUAUCAAAGGCAUCCCGGUAUAAAACCGUGAGCUCCAUGCAAUCAAUCCAAGGUAUCGGUCUGUCAGACUACAUGGAGAAAGAUGGAGGGAUGUGCAGUAGAGGGGUGGGGAAAAAGGGAUGAUUAGGGUGGAUAAGGAGAGGAUGUUAUGAGAGGGCAGUUUACAGAUCCUCAGGCUCCUCAGUAAGAACAGUGUGGGAGUGAGAGAUCUUGAGAGUGAGGUCUUAUGUGUGAGAGUUUCUAUCAGGUUCUUGUUUUUCCUAACCCCCUCGUCCGGCCCACUCCCCUCACCUCUCUCGUCUGUGUUUCCAACUCAGCUCUCACCAAUCAGUAGAGGUACGGGAGUGAUGUAAGUGCUGCUAUGACUGCAUCCUCACCACAUGCUCACACACUCAGUGUGCGCGCAAACACACACACACACACACAUGCAAAUCUACAUACCCAUCUACAUGCACACAUACAGUAUGAGCACAUACACACACACACACUCAUACACACAAACACACAUGCGUACACACACAUGCACACGGUCAUUCCGCAACUCUUUCCAGAUGUGGUUGUGUGCCGUCAGAUCACUAAGUGGCUGUUUGCAUGUUAUAAGCAGAUGAAACAAAAACUAUAUAUAGAUAUAUAUAGAUAGAUAUGUUUUUCAUCAUUAUUUUCAAGCAUUAAAUGACAAUAUUGGGGGAUGGGUAACGUCUCCUACUGAAAUGUGUAUAUAUAUUUAAAAAGCAUAUUAUCCACUUCAACUGCAGGCGCAUACACAGUCCGACGCACAUGCUCGCAUGCACAUGCACAUACACGCGUGUGCACGCAAGCACACAUCCUCACCCAAACACACACACAUACCAAUAUUCUAACAUUCAAUACACUGAGGUCAUGUUGGUUUCAUCCCUUUGACGUGAACUUAAUCUAACCUUCUAGAUAUAUGUAAUGAUGUAGUGUAAUGCUCCAAAACCAUUUUAUUUGACAUUUUCUUUUCUUUUGAGAAUUAAAUAGGUCUAUCCUUUCGUUUCGUGUUAAGCUUUGAAAUCAUGAUCAACCAAACACUGUAACGUGAAACUGAUUCAUAUAUACACCUAUGAUAUAUGUCCCUUUCCCCCUUUGAAACAAAAUAGAAAAAAAUGCAGUAAAAAAAGAAUCAAAAGAGAAAAAUCACAAAAAAAAACAGUUUAAAUAUUCUGCUUGUGUGUAGUGAAUGUUCAUCGGUUGACUAGUGCCUAGAUGGCACAAAGCUGUUGAAUCUGACAGUGCAGACAUGUCAAAUAACCUUUUGUACACCGGAUCAUCAGUGUAAUGGUGAAAUAGUGUUCCUUUUUUUAUUAUUUUAUGAAUACUGGUAACGUGUUUUGUUUAUAAAUCACAAAUAAAUUUUCUUUCAUAAAUAUCUGAA